AUGUUUUUUGAUAAGAGACAGUUUCCGUUUUUGAAAGAUGAAGAUAUACAGUCAUUGGCGAAUAAAGGAAUAGAGAAUGCUGCUGAUUUUUUAAGGGCUUCGCUUACACAGCUAGAUGAGUCAUGCAAUUUGACAAUCAAGCAAAUCCUUCAAAUGCGCGAUUAUUUCCUCCAAAACUCUGAAUUCCUCCGCCCACCAAAAUUGCUCCCAGAAGAUCCCGAAAAAAUCGAAUGCUUGGAAGAAGGAAUAAACGACUACCUCGAAGGCGGAUUCACUCCCGGAGAGAUCGUACUCUUCUCGCAGCACGAAGGAGAACACGACAUGGUGAAAGAACUGAUGAGUGAAAUCAUGGAAGAGUUUUCGGCGAGAUUCGCGACUUGCAUCGGCGAAACUUUGAACAGCGGCCUUUUUCUUCCGAAAAACGACGAUGCUUUAUUGAACGUAAAUGUUUACUCGCUGGGGACAUUUGCCGAGACGCUGCGAAAAGGCUUGGAAAACCUGUUCUACCCAGCAUCUCAAUUCGCGGUGAACAAAGAUGCUCCUCUUUCCUUCAUGCACAUUCUUCGCAAAAUCGCCAAACGAACAAACCUCGUCUUUAUCCUCAAUCUUCAAAAAACCGGAACGUCGGAGGAAGUCUACCGAAUCAUCAGUCAAAAAUCACACAAAGAAAUUUACGCUGAGCAGAUGUUUGACCCGUGGAUAGCGCUUUUUAAAGGAAAAACAUCGUCGAAUCAUGAGAUUUCGCUGCACUUGAAAUUACGCGAAAAAGACGAAGAGAAUCAUACUCUUACAUAA